AUGGAAUCGAAGCAUUUCAGCCACAUCCACGGCCUGGUCUUCCACUGCUCCGGUUGCAGAUCCUCGGGCUCUGGCAACGUCUACGCCUGCUGGAAGUGCAACUACUUCUUGCACGAACACUGCUUCCGCGCAAGCCGGUCCCUCACGCACCCUGCCCACCCCCACCACCCCCUCACCUUGAUGUCAUAUCCCACCUACCCUUCCACCCAAUUCUUCUGCAACUCUUGCAACCUCGUUGGGAGCGGCUUCUGCUACUGCUGCUCGGAAUGCGACUUUGAUGUCCAUGUUCAUUGCGCGCACACGGCCGCGCCUCCGCUCCUCUCGGGCUCUGCUAGCGUCCCUCUUCCUAGUUUCAAUGGCGCUCAUCCCUUCCCAAGUUAUGUCCCCUCCUAG